AUGGACGACCGCACAUCGAGGGAGCCGGGGCCUGCAGGUGCACCAGCAUCGCCCCGGCCCAGCAGGGCCAAGGCUCCUGAAACCACCGCCGUGGAUGGCGAGAGCGUGACCUACCAGCUGCAAAAACUGGCGACCAUGGCCUUCCUGGGCUGGCUGGGCCUCCUGGCAUGCCUGAUUCCCCUGCUCUGGCUGUGGAGCUGGGAGCUGGUCCGCGCCCUCGCCCUGGGCCUCCUCGUGGGACUCGGGGCCUCCCUCCUGCACCGCUUCAACCUGAAGCGCAAGGCAGCCAUGGCGCAGCGGCUCCGCAUUACUCCUGGCCGGAAGGGAAUGCAGCAGCUCCUGCACAAGAUCCCCACAUGGCUGGACUUUGCCGACACAGAGAAGCUGGAGUGGCUGAACGACAUCAUCCUCAAGUCCUGGCCCUACUACGAUCUGGCCAUAUCGACGAUGGUCAAGUCGCAAGUGGAGCCCUUGAUGGCCCAGUACAAGCCAUCGGGACUGAUCAAGCGCAUCUACUUCCAGAAACUGACCUUUGGGAAUAGUCCUGUCAGGCUGGAGGGGAUCCGAGUAGACAAAGACGAUCCCUCGGAAGUUGCAGUGGAGGUCGACUUCCGCUGGUCUGGGGACGCCAACAUCGUCAUGGGCAUCGACCUGCCGGUGGGCGGGACCUUGACCCGCCUGGCGCCCAAGGUCUCCGACCUGGCGGUCAGCGGGACGGCGCGCGUGGUGCUUCGCCCCCUGCUGGACACCAUCCCCGGGUUUGGGGCCGCCCUGGUCUCCCUGCGCAAGCCCCCCAUCGUCAGAUUCCACCUGGACUUUGGCAAGGCGUUUGGCGGCGCAGCCUCCGCGGGCGCUAUCCGGCUGUGGCUGGACGACUUUCUCAGGACGCAGAUCGCGGAAAUGCUGCUCUGGCCGUCGCGGAUCGUCAUUCCCCUGCUGGACGAGUCCGUGACGGGGCCGCUGGACGACCUGUACCUCAGGCACAAGGGUGUCCUGCGCGUCGAUGUCAUCGAGGCGCGAGACCUGCCCAAGGUCGAUGCGAUAGGCUCCGCCGACUCCUUCGUCACCGUCUACACCACCGCGCAUGUUAAAGAGAAGACCACGGUCAAGAAGAACUCGCUGCACCCAAAGUUCGGUGAGAAGCUGUGGCUGAUGUGCCAGGAGCCCGCCUCACAGUUGCUGUACAUCGUCGUCAAGGACAUCGACCUCGUGAACGUCAAGCAACAGAGCCUGCUGCAGCUGAAUGUGCUGAAAGGCGCCUCCAACGUGGUCAAGAACUCGACGCUGCUUGGUCGGGCUGCGCUGCCCAUCAAGGAGUUCACCCAGAGGCCUGGAGAGCCCCACGAGAUGUGGGUCCCCCUGGGCACGGGAGACUUUGCGGCUGCGGCGGGUUGUGGCUCUGGGAGGGGCGAGGUGCACCUCAACAUCACCUUCUGGCCCUUUGAUCAGCUGAAGGGGCACAAAUCUGCUGCUCGAGGCGCCGUGAUUGUCACCCUAUUCAGGUGCAACAACCUUGUACCCAUGGACCGCCCCGUGAACCAGUCGGACCCCAUGGUGGUGUUCAAGCUGAACAAAGAAAGCAAGAAGAGCAGCGUGGUGUGGAAGAACCUCAAUCCCCGUUGGAUUGGGGAGCACUUUGACUGGUUCCAUGUGCCCAUGGACUCGGUGCUGGAAGCCACGGUGUAUGAUUUCGACCGCUGGUCCGGCAAUGAGGUGGAGGGCUCCGUUGAGAUUGACAUCACAGAAGAGAUUGCCAGGGCUCCCAGGGGCGAUGUCACAAAGACCUGGGAGCUGGAGGAUGUUCCCACGGAUUGGGUCGAUCCCUCGGGCAAGAAGGAGAAGUCGACCAUCACCCUACGCAUCCAGUGGAUACCCUACCAGGAGCUGAGCAGAUAA